AUGCCACAUCUGUUUGCAAUAUGCAACUCAAAUAUUUCAUACUACAGAAAACUUGCUGCGACUCCAACGAAGUUUGAAGGGAAAGGCGUUGGAACUGGUGCGUUGCCGCCUUCUUCACCUGCCAAUUUACCGGGAAUAAUUUCGACACUGAAAACUCUUUUCGGGAGACCGGAGAUUAUUGUUUACACUCUGGUGAAUAAGAUACGGGAGAUGCCAGCGCCGAGGGCAGAGAAAUUGCACACACUGAUAGAUUUUGGAGUGGCAGUGCAAAAUGUCUGCGCAACCAUCGCGGCUUCAGGUCUCGACGAGUACAUGUGCAACGUGGUUUUGCUCCAAGAAUUAACCGAAAAACUGCCACUAUCUAUUCGGUUGAAUUGGGCCUUUCAUCGACAACAUCUACCCAGAGUUACGCUCUUAGAACUCGGGGAUUGGUUGGGAGAAUUGGUUGAGGCGGCAAGUGCAGUCACAAUGCCAUCAAUGAGUGUUCCGAAACCAGAAAGACGUGGCAGAAAGGAGGAUUAUAUUAAUGUUCACUCCGAGAGCAACCCCAUCACCGAAGCAAAUGCAAGGGAUCGUCUGCAGAGAGCUGUAAAAGGGUGCAAUGUAUGUUUGAACGACUGUAGCGGUCCAGAGAAGUGCCAAAAGUUUCUCAACAUGGACGUCGGGUCCCGUUGGACCUUUGUCAAGGAACAGAAGCUGUGUAGGAAGUGUCUACGGAAGCAUUUCGGUGCCUGCCAAGUCAAAACGCCAUGCGGGAGGAAUGGGUGCACAUUUAUGCACAGAAAAUUGCUUCACGACGACAAGCGAUAUAGUAAGACAGUAACGUCCGAAUCAGAGAAGUCGACUGAGGGUACAUCAACGCAGAGCUGUAACACGCAUUCGAAGGCAACGAAGAAGGUCUUGUUCCGGUACGUUCCCGUGACUAUAUAUGGCAAGGGAAAGCAAGUGAAAACCUUCGCCUUCCUUGAUGAUGGGUCAUCGGCAACCUUAAUGGAGCACGGUUUGUUGAGAGAACUAGGUCUUAAAGGAACUUCGUAUCCACUAUGCCUCGACUGGACAGGUGGUCACCAACGUCGUGAAAACAACUCGGUAGUGUUGGCAUUGAAGAUCUCAGGAAUAAAGGACACCAGCGAGGUUUUUGAGCUCCCGGAAGUCCAUACGGUUCAGGAUCUUUCUCUCCCGAAGCAGUCGGUAUCAGUAUCGCAGAUGGUCGCCAAGUUCAGCUACCUAAAAGGGCUGCCCCUGGAAUUCUAUGAGAAUGUGUCCCCACGAAUCCUAAUAGGAAUGAACAACUGUCGUCUAGGCUCUGCCCUGAAAAGUGUAGAAGGUGGUAGAAAUGAACCGAUGGCGUCUAAAACCCGCCUUGGCUGGAUAGUAUACGGUCUAUGCCCAAUGGAACUCAGUCGGAAAGAUUCUGGUCAUAAUGGGUACCAUAGUUUUCACAUAUGCCCGUGUAUGAAGGAGGAGGAAAAGGAUCUUAAUACUGCCUUGAAAGAGUUCUUCUCGAUCGAGUCCAUGGGGAUCUCCGGAACACCUAAACUGAUAGCUUCGAAGGAUGAAGAGCGAGCAAUAAAAAUCCUAUCUUCCGAAACACGACUGAUUGGAAACUGCUACGAGACAGGUCUUCUGUGGCGUUACGAUCGAAUAAACCUACCCGACAACAAGGGAAUGGCUUUGAAACGCUGGGCUUGUCUGCAAAAACGAAUGAAGCGAGAACCUGAGCUAGCCGCAACAAUGCGUGCGAAGAUGUCUGAAUACGAGAGUAAAGGCUACAUUCGGCGGCUCUCCGAGGCGGAGAAGGUGGAGAGGCGUCCCAAGGACUGGUACCUACCAAUAUUUCCGGUCACUAACCCGAACAAACCCGGGAAGCUGAGAAUAGUGUUCGAUGCAGCGGCAAAGAUUAACGGAGUUUCGCUAAACUCGUUCCUCCUUACGGGACCUGAUCAACUGGUAUCACUCCUUGCUGUUUUAUACAAGCUCCGUGAGUUCCGUGUAGCCGUAGUAGGAGACAUCCGGGAGAUGUUCGUCCAAGUUCGGAUGAAGGAGCAAGACCAGCGAAGUCAAAUGAUCCUGUGGGCUAGCGGAAAGCCGGACGAUGAGCCAGACGUGUACGUAGUAACAGUCAUGACGUUCGGCGCAGCUUGUUCGCCGAGUAGUGCCCACUAUGUUAAAAACCAUAACGCGGACAGAUUCGAGGAGCAGUAUCAAAGAGCGGUCGAGUGUAUCAAGUAUGAACACUAUGUCGACGACAUGUUGGCGAGCGUUGAGACUGUGGAGGAAGCUGUGAAGUUAGCCAGGGAAGUACGGUUAAUUCAUUCUCAAGGAGGUUUCGAGAUACGCAACUGGCUGUCCAAUUCCAGUGUCGUGAUCGAUAGCUUGCGUGAAAAUCAUACCAUGGAGAAGAACAUGAGCUUCUGUGCGGAAACGUCAAUGGAAAAGGUACUCGGAAUGUGGUGGGAUAUUGCAAGUGACACAUUCACCUUCAAGCUGUCGCCGAAACAAAAUAUGGAACUGCUGUCCGGCGUCAGAAUGCCUACGAAGCGUGAAGUUCUAAGAACAUUGAUGGCGGUGUAUGACCCCAUGGGUAUCAUCGGUAACUUUCUUAUCUACUUAAAGAUUCUGCUUCAGGAAAUCUGGCGUUCGGGUUGCACAUGGGAUCAGACAAUCAGUGGAAGACUGGCCGAAAAGUGGUUGACGUGGAUCGAAGCACUGCCGAACGUGCGCCAAGUCAAGCUUCCUCGUUGCUAUCGAUCUAGGACAUCUGCUGAACUGUCUAAUCACGUCGAACUACAUACGUUUUGUGAUGCGAGCGAGAAUGGAAUGGCUGCAGUCUCCUAUUUCAGAUUCGAAGAAGAAGGGAAGGUAGAAUGUGCGCUGAUUGGAUCGAAAACGCGUGUAGCUCCUUUGAAGUUUCUUUCGAUACCGCGUCUCGAGCUGCAGGGUGCAGUGAUCGGAACUCGACUCGCCGAGUAUAUUGCCAAAGCACACCGAACUAAAAUCAUACGCCGCGUCUUCUGGACCGACUCCCGCGUAUUAUAUGCUGGUUACGGUCAGAUCAUCGACGCUACAGCCAAUUCGUGGCCUUCAGGGUCAGCGAGAUGCUCGACACCGCAGAGGUGCACGAGUGGAGAUGGUUGCCUACUAAAGCAAACGUGGCAGAUGAAGGUACAAAAUGGCAAAGAGUGCCAGAUCUUUCGCCAAAUAGUCGUUGGUUUCAAGGGCCAGACUUCUUGUGGGGGCCAGAAAACAAAUGGCCAGGCCAUAAUACAGAUCAUGGUACGACCUUAG